AUGUCUCUGGCAGAAGUUAUACAACCGAAGCAGCUCAUCGCCUCUCGCACACGAAGAGGCGCUGCCGGUGGCAGCGUGCUGAAGCUCGUCGUCUUCUCUAUUGACUUCGUGACGGAAGCGAAGCAGGUUCAUCGACAAGGCGGAACGGAUCGGAAUGUGGACCUUGCGACCGUCGCAGACAGUGUCCAGAUCGCGACUCAAAGUCUGGAGGACCAGUUGGACGAGUUCGAUAGGAGUGGGGAGAAGCCAACGCUGGAUCCUGAUGAAGAGCAACUUAGAGAGCUUGCUGUUCGAGCGGCUGAGAUCGGCAGAGAACGAGCUGAGAGCCUGAACAAGGUCGCCACGGACGGGAAGUCCAAAUGGAAAAGCUUUAAAGCCGUGGCUCGUGGCAUGUGGGAUGCAGACGACAUCCAAAAAACAGAAAAGAAGCUAAAUGGGAUCCGAGACGAGAUCAGUCUCGGGAUUCUCAUCGGCAUCAGGAAGAAAGUCAGCGAGUCCAGCAAUGACAGUCAACGCCGCAUGUUGGAGGCCUUGGAGGAGGUCGCAAACGGUCAAGCCGAGUCUCGGGAAGACAGCAAGCACAUGAUUGAGAGGCUCACAGAUGCGGAUUUGUCUGGCAAGGAACGGCACCGAGAGCUCGUCAGUCUGGGCAUCCAACUUCGCGAUGGCAUCAACGCAUUCGCCAUAUCCAGAUCACCAAGCCCGAUGUCACCAGGCUUCCAGACACUCAAUGGAACCAGCGAAGAGGAAAGAGUGGCAGCAGAGGAUAAGAUUUUGAAUUGUCUCUGGUACUCUACCAUCGCAGACCGCCAGGAAAGCAUCUCUGAAGCCUACAAGAAGACAUUCCAAUGGAUAUACGAAGACCCCAGGGUAAGCGGAAAGACAUGGUCCAAUUUCGUGGACUUUCUCGAAGGGGACGCGACCAGCUAUUGGAUUACUGGAAAACCAGGCAGUGGUAAAUCUACUUUGAUGAAGUUCAUCAACGAGGAUCCACGGACCGAAGCAUUUCUUCACGGCUGGACGGCAGGAAGAUGCAUGCUAAAGGCUUCGUUCUACUUCUACUACAACGGGUCCGACAUGCAGAAGUCCGAGGUUGGGCUACUUCGAUCAAUACUGCAUUCAUUGCUGGAUCAGAGGAGAGACCUAAUACCCGUCGCGUUCAAAGACCGUUUUCGAGCUGCAUUGGACGGGAGGGUCAGUCCAGACCCGACUCUGCCCGAGUUGAAGAGAGCUCUCAAGUAUUUGUUACUCGGCAGUCCUCAACUAUGUUUCUUUCUCUCAGUGGACGGGCUCGACGAAUUCGAUCCAAAAGUCUCUAUGACCCACGUUUCGGAUCUGGUAAAUUGGACACUGUCCCUCGGUGGUCACUCGAAUGUCAAAAGUCGUCAUCUCAAGUCGCCCGUUGACGGAAUUUGA